AUGGAGAAGGUGCAGGCACGAAUCGAGCUUCUUGAGCCACAGAUCCAAGCGGCUGGGAAAUCUUUUCUCUCUGCCCUUCAGAGUGGCAAUCAAUCUCUGGCGGAAUAUUGGCUGAAGGAGAAAGAGCGGCUGCAGAAGAAGGAAGAGCGGCUGUCGGAGGAAAAACUCGUCCUCCUCAGAAGUAAUGGUCCGUCUUUUGUUUUACCUGAGCUAACUUCGAGCGACAUCGCAAGUUUGGAUUGCUUUCUGGAGGGCAAGGCUGGCAUACCCCACUAUCGUGACACGAAUAUUCCGCGAUUUGGUGACAGGCCGAGCUUGUUGCUGCAUGGCCUACUAGCACACGACACUGAAGACUUCGACAAGUUCGUGAGCAGGGGUAGCAGGUUUUUAUUGGUGCCAGGAACAAGUGGAGCAGGAAAAACCAGGACUCUCUAUGCUCACCUGGCGAAGAACUUCGGUUUUUACUUCAUUUCCAAUGACCUGGGGAAUGGCGGGUCUGCAGACUUGAGGGAGGUGAUUGGUAUACUGGCAACGUAUCUGGGCGCGGAUCAAGUUAAGAACUAUACUAUAACUACCUUUAUGGUCACUGUGCUGCUGCUGGUCAGGAUAGUGGUCUUCCACUACUGCAAAGGAAAGGAUAUAACUCCUGAGAAGUGGCUCAUGUUACAGGUCGGGUGCCAGAGGCUGGAACAGGACAGGAAGCCAUUGAACUUGGAUCCUUUUGCUGCUUGCACUCGGCUGGCUCUCGGUAGAUAUGGGCCUGUCCUCCAUGGCUCGUUAGUGGGGAUUGCAGGUUUACUGGGUCAGGCCAAAAUUGCCCUUUCAGAGUUGCUGGGAGGACAGCAGUUACCCCUGUUGGUAGUUGAUGAGGCACAGGAACUGGUUAAGCUGUAUGCCGGAAAGUUCCGUACAGAUCUUGAACCCUUCAAGGACCGACCAUUGGCAAAGCCAGUGUUGGAAACUUUGCUCUACCCAGGCAACGAAUCUCCAAUUCAUCAUGUUGUAUAUGCUGGAACGGGCUUUCUUCUGAGCUUCAGCCGUUUGGAAUCGAACAGCCCGGUGGGAAAACCGCUCGUCAAAGAUGACGUGUACGAAGGUCUUGGUAGCUGGACAGAUUGGAAGCAGAUGGCAGCCUAUUCCUGUUGUAUUCUGGGGACAGCUUGGGAUGCUGAAGCUCAGGAGACAGUGAAGAAUGAGGUAUUUCCCUAUUUCAGGGGUCGGUUUCGCCCAUUUGCGACAUUGCUCGAGGAGGUGAUUAGGAGGGGCAAGCACAUCCGAUGGGUUUGGAACGACGUUUUUAUAGGACUGACAGCUCGCCAAGGAAUUCCAGGGAUACAAAAGAGCUACUACAGGAUUCUUGCAGAGGUAGCAAGGAGAAUGAUUUACCUUCGACUCUUUUGGAGGUUGCCAUAGGAAGGGUCUACGGAAAGCAAAUGGUUAUAGUUGACGAGCCUCUUAUGCUGGUGGCGAUGCACAACUACUUUUUGGACGAAAAGAAGAUCACCGGAAAUAUGCUGGACACCCUUUAUGCUCUGAACAAUCCUUCCACAGGCAACUGGUGGGAGCAUCUGUUUCCGCUGGAGAUAAAGGAUUUGUGGGAAAAGCACGAGGGGAAACUGGAUCAGUUUGAGCUGUUUCAUGAUUUGGACCUGACACAGAAUUUGGAGGCUUUGAAGAGCAAGAAGAGUCGUAUUAUGGAAGGCUCUAUCUUUUACUUGGAUGGGGCGCCAAUGCCACCGGUGGUGAUCUAUAAGGCGGACAAAAACUACACUUGCCAUGACUAUUUGGCAAGUGAUGUGCCUGGUUGCAUGUUUUUGGUGGCUGAGCAUGCUGCAGGUUGUGACCUCAUGUUCAGAAUUCAGUUUGAGGACCAUACCAUCAUAUGGGUUAGUGUGCAACUCAAGCUGAGGAAGAUCUUGUCCAAUGCUUAUGAUGCUGUUUGCAAGGCAGAACCAUCACCAAAAUAUGCUUGCAGGGGAGAUAUGUUGUGCCUGUUGGUUGCAUAUCCAGCAUCACUGAACCAUCCACCAGUGGAGAAACAGAAGAUUGAUGGGCAGACUAGAUGUGUGGUUACAGUAGACAGGAAGAACGCCCGCAAGUUUAUCUCAGUGGACCAUUUGAAGAACCUUGAUAUUUUAUCUGGUAAGAAUAAAAUACUAGUAAAAGUAAUAAAUAAAAGUAAUGGUUUUACAUAAUUAGAAUAAA